GAAAAUUUAGCAGUCUUUCAAAUAAUCGCAUUUUUUCCUUGAGUUUCCUCUCGCAUUUUUUGCGAAACAAGCCCGAACGUGACGUCUACGAUCCAGUAUAUGGCGGAAAAAAGUUGACCUAAGUGGGUAACGUAAAAAAAAACCGGGAGUCAAAAAAAUAAAAAAUAAACGCAAAUCAGGUACGCCACCGCGUCCGCUAUAUUUCUAAUUUUAUUUCGGCUGAUUUCUAAAAAUACCGAACUUAGCUAUCAACAAAAAUAGGACUCUCCGUGCGGCAGCAUUUGAAAUUCUGCCGCAGCACGCGUGGACAUAUUUUUCAUGCGAAAAGCCGCUUUUAAAAGGCUGCGAUAAACCCCCGAGAUGGUGGCGGAGGCCGAAGGGGGUUCCGAACAGGAUGACGUGUCAUUCCUACGAACGGAAGACAUGGUAUGUCUUUCUUGUACGGCGACUGGGGAACGCGUCUGUCUCGCUGCUGAAGGGUUCGGAAACAGGCAUUGCUUUCUGGAAAAUAUCGCCGACAAGAAUAUCCCACCGGACCUUUCGCAGUGUGUUUUCGUUAUAGAACAGGCACUCUCUGUUCGUGCCCUGCAAGAACUAGUCACAGCUGCCGGUAACGAAACUGAUUCGGACAACUUAGGGAAGGGAACGGGUUCCGGCCACAGGACUUUGCUGUACGGCAAUGCUAUACUGCUUAGGCACCAAAAUAGCGAUAUGUACCUCGCGUGUUUAUCGACGAGCUCCAGCAACGACAAACUGGCUUUCGAUGUCGGUUUGCAAGAACAUAGUCAAGGUGAAGCUUGCUGGUGGACGGUGCACCCAGCUAGUAAACAAAGAUCCGAGGGUGAGAAAGUUCGUGUAGGAGACGAUCUAAUUUUGGUGUCAGUAGCAACAGAACGUUACUUGCACACCACAAAAGAAAAUGAAUUGUCCAUAGUCAACGCUAGCUUUCACGUUACCCACUGGUCCGUGCAACCCUACGGCACCGGCAUAUCACGCAUGAAAUAUGUCGGUUUCGUUUUUGGAGGUGACGUUCUUAGGUUUUUCCACGGCGGUGAUGAGUGCCUCACCAUACCUUCCACGUGGAGCACAGAAGAAUCGCACAACAUUGUAAUUUACGAAGGCGGUAGCGUAAUGUCGCAAGCUCGGUCCUUAUGGAGAUUAGAACUUGCGCGCACGAAAUGGGCAGGUGGUUUCAUAAAUUGGAGCCACCCGAUGAGGAUAAGACAUAUUACCACCGGUCGAUACCUGGCCGUCAACGAGAACAACGAGCUUUACCUCGUCAGCAGAGAGGAAGCGACCACCGCUAUAACUGCGUUCUGUCUUCGCCACGAAAAAGAUGAUCAGAAAGUAGUCCUGGAGGAUAAAGACCUGGAAGUGAUAGGAUCACCCAUCAUUAAAUACGGCGACUCUACAGUGAUUGUGCAGCACUCCGAGUCGGGCCUUUGGUUAUCUUACAAAGCGUACGAGACCAAGAAGAAAGGGGUGGGCAAGGUGGAAGAAAAGCAAGCGGUGCUCCACGAGGAGGGUAAAAUGGACGACGGUUUAGACUUCAGCAGGAGUCAGGAAGAAGAGUCGCGAACAGCGAGGGUGAUACGCAAAUGUAGCUCGCUGUUCACUCAGUUCAUAAAUGGAUUGGAGGGGCUCCAAGUAAACAGGCGUCAUUCGAUGUUUUUCCAGGUGGUCCGUUUAAACGAGAUGGUCAUGUGUUUGGAGGAUUUGAUUAAUUACUUCGCCCAACCCGAAGACGAUAUGGAACACGAAGAGAAACAAAACCGCCUGCGUGCGUUGAGGAAUCGUCAGGAUCUAUUCCAAGAAGAGGGCAUCCUCAACUUGAUCCUCGAAGCCAUAGACAAAAUCAACGUUAUCACGUCUCAAGGUUUCUUGGCGGCCUUGGCUGGCGAUCAGAGUUGGGAGAUGAUAUCGGCGUACCUCUACCAGCUCCUUGCUGCGAUUAUCAAAGGAAACCACACAAAUUGUGCCCAGUUUGCAAAUUCUAAUCGGUUAAAUUGGCUGUUUUCUCGGCUGGGUUCUCAGGCGUCCAGCGAAGGUACGGGCAUGUUGGACGUGCUCCACUGUGUUCUUAUAGAUUCCCCAGAAGCGCUAAACAUGAUGAGGGACGAACACAUUAAAGUAAUCAUUUCUCUUCUCGAAAAACACGGUAGAGAUCCCAAAGUGUUGGACGUACUAUGCUCGCUAUGCGUGGGCAACGGCGUCGCGGUACGAAGCUCCCAAAAUAACAUUUGCGACUUUUUGUUGCCUGGCAAAAAUCUCUUGCUACAAACUCAAUUGGUCGACCAUGUGGCAAGCGUCAGGCCCAACAUCUUCGUCGGAAGGGUUGAUGGCAGCGCCAUUUACCAGAAAUGGUAUUUCGAAGUUACCGUCGAUCAUCUCGAACAGACCACCCACAUGAUGCCUCAUUUGAGAAUAGGGUGGGCCAAUUCUAAGGGUUACGUACCUUAUCCCGGAGGAGGCGAGAAGUGGGGUGGGAACGGGGUAGGAGACGACUUGUACUCGUUUGGAUUCGAUGGUGCUUAUCUGUGGACUGGGGGCAGAGCCACUGAAGUAGUCGGUGGAACAGUGGAACCUUACAUCAGGAAGAAUGACGUCAUUGGCUGCGCAUUGGAUCUGACAAUUCCUCAGAUAUUCUUCACAUUCAAUGGAAUACCGAUACGGGGCACUUUCCGAAACUUCAAUUUAGAUGGAAUGUUCUUCCCCGUGAUUAGUUGUUCCUCUAAACUAAGCUGUCGAUUUUUGUUGGGAGGCGACCACGGCAAACUGAAAUUCGCCCCGCCCGAAGACUUCUCCCCCCUAGUGGAGAGUUUGUUGCCACAACAAGUGCUGAACUUAGAUCCCUGCUUUUAUUUUGGUAACAUGAACAAGAACGUUAUCGCUGGACCUUUGUUUAUCGAAGACGAUACCGCUUUCGUACCCAAUCCGGUCGAUACUUCGAUGGUGACGCUGCCCAGCUAUAUCGAAUCCAUUCGCGACAAAUUGGCGGAAAACAUCCACGAAAUGUGGGCCAUGAAUAAAAUCGAAGCCGGGUGGCAAUGGGGCGAGUAUCGAGACGACAUGAGGCACGUCCAUCCUUGUCUGGUACCCUACGAUAAACUGCCAGCAGCAGAGAAGAAAUACGACGCUCAACUAGCAGUGCAAACUUUAAAAACAAUCAUAGCUCUGGGUUAUUAUAUUACAAUGGACAAGCCCCCAUCCCGAAUAAAAACGAUAAGACUGCCGAACGAGCCGUUCAUGCAAGCCAACGGCUACAAACCAGCUCCGCUGGAUUUGAGCGCUAUCACUCUGACACCAAAACUGGAAGAACUGGUGGACCAACUGGCUGAGAACACCCACAAUUUGUGGGCGAAGGAACGUAUUCAGCAAGCGUGGACUUACGGCUUGAAUGAGGAUGCCGAAAUGUUGAGAAGCCCCCACCUAGUGCCGUACCUGAAAGUAGACGACGCUAUUAAAAAGGCGAAUCGAGACACUGCAUCAGAAACUGUACGAACUCUGCUCGUUUAUGGCUACAUCAUCGAUCCCCCUACGGGGGAACAACAGGAAACCUUGUUAGCGGAAGCGAGUAGGGCGCGUCAUCAGGAUUUUAGGACGUACAGGGCGGAGAAAAACUACGCAGUCGGUUCCGGAAAAUGGUAUUUCGAAUUUGAGAUUCUUACUGCCGGGCCAAUGAGGGUUGGUUGGGCCAAGGCCGAUUGCGCGCCCGGAUCCAUGUUGGGGUCCGAUGAAAACACUUGGGCCUUUGACGGGUAUAACGAGGAAAAAGUAUAUAGUAACUCAGCCGAAUCGUUCGGGAAGCAGUGGCAAGUCGGAGACGUAGUUGGCGUAUUCCUUGAUCUAAUCGAUCAUACGAUAAGUUUUUCCCUUAACGGUGAGCUCUUAAUGGAUGCCCUUGGUGGCGAAACUACCUUUGCCGAUGUCCAAGGUGACAAUUUCGUGCCGGCAUUCACGUUAGGUGUAGGACAAAAAGCCCGCCUGUCUUUCGGCCAAGACGUCAAUCAGCUCAAAUAUUUCACCAUGUGCGGCUUGCAGGAAGGAUACGAACCGUUUUGCGUAAAUAUGAACCGAGCUGUGACGUACUGGUACACCAAAGAUCAACCCAUAUUCGAGAACACGGACGACAUGCCGGAUACAAAAAUCGACGUUACUAGAAUUCUAGCGGGUUCUGAUAGUCCACCUUGUCUUAAAAUCAGCCACAACACUUUCGAGACCAUGGAAAAAGCGAACUGGGAAUUCCUGAGGCUCAGUUUGCCUGUCAUUUGCCACACGACAUUCAUUACUGAAGAGGAGAAAAUGCGACGAUGGAGCGAAAUCAAAAUCCGACAGCACCGUCUAAAGGCGGAUGUAGAAAACCAACUCGUCAAUCCGGCUCAUAUCGAGAACAUUAUGAAAAGUGGUUUCUCGAUGAGCGACAUUAAAGGUUUGCACCGAAAUUACUCGGAAGAUGCGGUGGAAUCAGAUGAAGCGAUGAAGCAGCAACAUCAACAGCAUGUGACGCGGGUCACGUCUUCGGCGAAGGCUCAACCGUCGAGGCCUCCCAGAAAAGGGUCUCUUUCCAGAAACCCCAAUGUGAACGGUUUCGAUGAAAAUUAUCUACAUAUGAAUGGAUCACGAUCUGUCCACCGUUCGACAAGCGAGAUGGAUAUGAGCAGAUAUAACGACGUCGCUCCUCAAAAUCUCGACAAAGCUGAGGAUAAGAAGAAACGCGGGAGGUCGCCUUUUAGAUUUUUUUCGAAAAAACGAGGUGAAACGACGAGUGCUGAACGGAAGACCAUAAAAAAAGCAAGAACCCCUGAGGUAGCCGGGCGUAUCGGCGGCAACGCAGGUUUAAGUCCAAGCGCCAGAUCGGUGGGUCUUUCGAACGCCAUGCUAACUCGAAACCCCACCAUCAAACAGCCUCAGGGGGAUACACUCCAGGUGCCCCAAACGGCGGAGCGCCAGCAAAAGCAACUCUCCGUCCCCCAAACGUCAGACGUCGAAUCUGUAGGCAACGAGAUAUUUGAUGCCGAGUGUUUCAAACUGAUUAAUGAGUAUUUCUACGGGGUCCGUAUAUUCCCCGGUCAGGAUCCGACCCAUUGUUACGUCGGAUGGGUGACCACCCAGUAUCAUCUCCACACCAAGGACUUCAAUCAGGAUAACGUGUUAAAAGCAUCGGUGGUGGUUUGCGACGAGUAUAACCGCGUUAUUGAUAGCAUUAAUCGCCAGUCGUGCUACAUGGUGCGUGCAGACGAACUUUACAACCAGGUUACCCAAGACGCUUCCGGCAAGGGAGCUUCCCAGGGGAUGUUUAUUGGAUGUUUUCUGGAUACCGCGACCGGAGUCAUAACAUUCACUUGCGACGGCAAACCGACACCUCAUAGAUUCAAGAUGGAACCGGAAACCAAGCUAUUCCCGGCCAUAUUCGUAGAAGCGACGAGCAAAGAAAUCAUGCAAAUCGAAUUAGGUCGCACGUCUACCACACUGCCUUUGUCGGCUGCCGUACUCCAAAACAGUGCCAAGCACGUUAUACCGCAAUUUCCUCCGAGACUGAAAGUGCAGUGCUUGAAACCUCAUCAAUGGGCUAGGGUACCCAAUCAAAACCUCCAAAUUCACGCGCUCAAAUUAUCCGACAUCAGAGGUUGGUCGAUGCUGUGCGAAGAUCCCAUUUCGAUGCUCGCGCUCCACGUGCCCGAAGAAGACCGUUGCAUCGAUAUAUUGGAGCUGAUCGAAAUGGACAAACUGCUCAGUUUUCACGCGCACACUUUGACACUUUACGCAGCGCUUUGCUACCAAAGCAAUUACAAAGCUGCGCACGUGUUGUGUAAACACGUUGACCAGAAACAACUAUUAUACGCGAUCCGAUCGGAAUACAUGAGCGGCCCAUUGAGGCAAGGCUUCUACGACUUGCUCAUAUCGCUCCAUUUGGAAGCAACGGCCACCACAAUGGAGGUAUGUAAAAACGAAUACGUCAUCCCGAUCGGUCAGGACCUCAAAGACUUAUACGAGGACUCGGACAUGGGCCACAGUUUGAGGAAAUUAAAAACAGAGUCUGUGGUGCCCCAGAUGAAGACGUCCGACAUAAGUGAGAACAUAGAGAAUAUCAAGAGCCUCUAUUCACCAUUCUUCCCGCUGGACAUCGUUCGAGACUACGUGAUGAUGGCUCUGGCGGAAUCGGUCGAAAUCAAUCAGGUGCACAAUCGAGAUCCGGUCGGCGGGUCUAACGAGAAUUUGUUUUUACCAUUGCUGAAACUGGUAGAUAGACUCCUGCUAGUCGGAAUGCUGUCCGACGAAGACGUUGAGAAACUGCUAAUUAUGAUUUGCCCGGAAACGUGGGAUCCCACUUUCGAAAAGGACGGCAAAGACGAGCACCGGAAAGGGCUACUGCAAAUGAAAAUGGCGGAAGGCGCCAAACUGCAAAUGUGUUACCUGUUGCAUCACCUCUGCGACAUCCAGCUGAGGCACAGGGUCGAAUCUAUAAUAGCGUUUAGCCACGAUUUUGUUGGCGAACUGCAAACGGACCAGCUCCGUAGGUACAUAGAGAUUAAACAGUCGGAUUUGCCGUCAGCAAUAGCGGCCAAAAAGACUAAAGAGUUCAGAUGUCCGCCGCGCGAACAAAUGAACGCAAUUCUGUGUUUCAAAAACCUGGAAGAGGAAGAGAAGGAAAACUGCCCACUCGGCGACGAUCUAUGCGAGCGAAUGAACAAUUUUCACGAUCAGCUCAUGUCUCACGUCUCUCUUCAGGCGUUGCAAGCGCCUGAAGAAGAUGAAAAUUCCGACGGUGCAGCCAAAACAGGUCCAUUAAAAAAACUUUAUAAUUUCAUCAAUGCCGUGAAAGAACUAGAGGAAGAACCUAAAGCGGAGCAAGAACCAGAAAAGAAAACGCCUGAGGAAGUGUUCAGAAAAGUUUUGAUAAGUACCAUAGUGAGGUGGGCGGAGGAAGCACAGAUCGAGACAUCUAAAUUGGUUCAAGAGAUGUUUAGCUUAUUGGUAAGGCAAUAUGACUCUGUGGGCGAACUCAUCAGGGCUUUGGAAAAGACCUACAUAAUAAACGCAAAAACCAAGAUUGAUGUGGCGGAGAUGUGGGUAGGUUUGAGCCAGAUUCGAGCUCUUUUGCCCGUGCAGAUGUCCCAGGAGGAAGAGGAACUGAUGAGAGAACGAUUGUGGAAGUUGGUGAACAAUCACACUUUCUUCCAGCACCCUGAUUUAAUUCGCGUGUUGAGGAUUCAUGAAAAUGUUAUGGCGGUCAUGAUAAACACCCUUGGCCGAAGGUCUCAAGCGCAAUCCGACGUCAGUGCUCAAGCGCAGAACCCAGAAGGCGAAGUUGUGGCCAAGGAAAAGGACACCUCACACGAGAUGGUGGUAGCUUGUUGCAGAUUUCUGUGCUACUUUUGCCGAACCGGACGACAAAACCAAAAGGCCAUGUUCGAACAUUUCGAUUUUUUACUGGAUAACAGCAACAUUCUAUUAUCUCGGCCAAGUUUGAGGGGAUCGACUCCCUUGGACGUUGCUUACUCCUCCCUCAUGGAAAACACUGAACUUGCUUUGGCUCUACGAGAGCACUACUUGGAAAAGAUCGCCAUCUAUUUAUCUCGUUGCGGGUUGCAGUCGAAUACCGAACUCGUGGAGAAAGGCUAUCCAGAUUUGGGAUGGGAUCCGGUAGAGGGCGAGAGGUAUUUAGACUUUUUGAGAUUUUGCGUAUGGGUGAAUGGGGAAAGCGUAGAAGAAAACGCAAACCUGGUGAUAAGAUUGCUGAUUCGAAGACCAGAAUGUUUGGGACCCGCGUUAAGAGGUGAGGGCGAGGGACUCCUGAAAGCAAUAGUCGACGCGAAUAAGAUGUCCGAUAGGCUCACGGAUCGCAGGAAAUUGAUGGACGAAGCGGAAGGCACUGUAAACCUGGCACAAUUUACGCAUCCGCUUCCUGAAAGUGAUGAUGAUGAGGACUACAUCGACACCGGUGCAGCCAUUUUGAACUUCUAUUGCACCCUGGUCGAUCUUUUAGGAAGAUGCGCCCCAGACGGCGCCGUAAUUGCAUUGGGCAAAAAUGAAUCUUUGAGGGCCAGAGCCAUCCUGAGGUCUCUGGUGCCCUUGGAAGACCUGCAAGGCGUACUGAGCUUAAAGUUUACGCUUCACAACCCGGCAGCAGGCGAAGAAAGACCCAAAUCGGAUAUGCCGUCCGGUUUGACUCCGCCCCACAAGCAGUCGGUCGUCCUGUUCCUCGAGAGGGUGUACGGGAUUGAAACUCAAGAUUUGUUUUACAGGCUUCUUGAAGAAGCUUUCUUGCCGGACCUACGCUGCGCCACCAUGUUGGAUAGAAAUGACGGUAGUGAAUCUGACAUGGCCCUUAGCAUGAACCGUUACAUAGGCAACUCCAUUCUCCCCUUGCUCAUUAAACACAGCAAUUACUAUAGCGAAGCGGAAAACUACGCCUCUCUACUCGACGCGACCCUCCACACGGUCUACAGACUCUCGAAAAAUAGAAUGCUGACGAAGGGUCAAAGAGAGGCUGUCUCGGAUUUCCUGGUCGCUCUAACCAGUCAAUUACAGCCAUCAAUGCUGCUAAAGUUGUUGAGGAAGCUAACCGUUGACGUCUCGAAUCUGUCAGAAUACACGACCGUAGCGCUGAGGCUGCUAACUUUGCACUACGACAGAUGCGCGAAAUAUUAUGGUUCCAGUUCAGGUCAGGGGAUUUACGGGUCGUCUAGCGACGAGGAAAAAAGGUUAACUAUGAUGCUCUUCUCAAACAUAUUUGAUUCUUUGAGCAAGAUGGAUUACGAUCCGGAACUCUUUGGCAAAGCCCUUCCAUGCCUGACGGCUAUUGGCUGUGCGCUGCCGCCCGACUAUUCCUUGUCUAAAAACUACGACGACGAAUGGUACACCAACAAGGCGUCUGUUACGGGACCAGACGGACCAUACGACCCCCAGCCUAUCAAUACAUCAUCAGUGCAGUUGAACAAUGAUUUGAAUAAUAUCGUCCAGCAGUUUUCAGAGCAUUACCACGACGCAUGGGCGUCCCGCAAAUUAGAAAACGGUUGGAGACAUGGGGAUCAAUAUUCCGGCUGGGAAGGUAACAAAAGUCAUCCCAGACUCAAACCGUAUUCCAUGCUAAACGACUACGAGAGAGAACGAUACAAAGAACCGGUUAGGGAGUCUCUAAAGGCUCUACUAGCUCUCGGCUGGUCUGUGGAGCACAUCGAGGUCGACCUACCAUCUACUAACAGGAGUUCCUCCUACCGUCCCGGUGAGGGAUCAAGUGCGUUCGAUUACAACCCACACCCAGUCGAUAUGACCAACUUGACGCUCUCCAGAGAAAUGCAGAACAUGGCUGAACGAUUGGCUGAGAACGCGCACGACAUUUGGGCUAAAAAGAAGAAAGAAGAAUUGAACACAUGCGGGGGUGGAAUACAUCCCCAACUAGUUCCUUACGAUCUGCUCACGGACAAGGAAAAGAAAAAAGACAGAGAGAGAUCCCAGGAGUUUCUGAAGUACUUGCAGUAUCAAGGUUACAAACUUCACAGGCCGAACCGGGGCGGUCAACAGGAAAACGAGCAGGCCACUGCAGGUCCUUCGGUUGAACUUCGUUUCGCCUACAGCUUACUGGAAAAACUCAUUCAAUACCUGGACCGCGCUACUAUCAACAUGAAAAUCCUGAAACCGUCGCAGACGUUCAGCAGGAGAAACUCGUACAUAAAAUCUUCGAGGGACAUAAAGUUCUUCUCCAAAGUCGUACUGCCCCUUAUGGAAAAGUACUUUUCCACCCAUAGGAAUUAUUUCAUAGCGGUGGCGACAGCCACCAACAAUACUGGAGCGGCCAGCCUUAAGGAGAAAGAAAUGGUAGCCGCUCUGUUCUGCAAACUGGCCAAUCUUUUGAGAUCUAGGUUCUCUGCCUUCGGGGCUGAUGUGAGGAUUACCGUCCGGUGCCUUCAAGUCUUGGUGAAGGGCAUCGAUGCUAAAUCUCUAGUGAAAAACUGUCCGGAAUUCAUCAGAACUUCGAUGUUGACGUUCUUCAACAACACGGCAGACGAUUUGGGGCACACCAUAAUAAAUCUGCAAGACGGUCGAUACAGUCACCUCAGAGGAACCCAUUUGAAGACGUCAACGUCGUUAUUUUACAUAAACUCUGUCGUUUUGCCGGUACUGACCGCCAUGUUUGACCAUUUGGCGUACUGCGAAUACGGAAGCGAUCUUCUAUUGGACGAGAUACAAGUAGCUUCGUACAAAAUCCUCCAGUCGCUGUACCAUCUCGGUACCGAUCCCACCCUUCACCACGAUAGGAAAUACUUGAAAACGGAAAUGGAGAAGUACAAGCCGGCGUUGGGUUCUUGCCUAGGUGCUUUCAGCUCCACGUUCCCCGUAGCUUUUUUGGAACCACAUCUAAACAAAAACAAUCCAUUUUCUUUACUCAAUAGAAUCGCCGAUCAUUCACUAGAAGCGCAGGACAUAAUGGCGAGAAUGGAAGCUUCUAUGCCUACCCUGGAGGCGAUUCUAUCGGAGGUCGACCACUUUGUGGAAAGCGACAAAACAUAUUCAGACGCGCCUCAUAUUAUAGACGUUACCAUGCCCAUGUUGUGCUCUUAUCUCCCAUUCUGGUGGUCGCAGGGUCCGGAUAAUGUCAGUCCCACUGGAGGUACUUACGUUUCUAUGGUUACGGCUGAGCACAUGAACCAACUCCUUAAGAACGUUCUGAAGUUGAUUAAGAAAAAUAUCGGCAACGAAUCUGCUCCAUGGAUGACACGAAUUGCGGCGUACACGCAGCAAAUUAUUAUAAACAGCAGCGAGGAAUUGUUGAAAGAUCCCUUUUUACCGCUGGCGGAAAGGGUGAAGAAGAGAACCGAAGCGAUGUUCCACAAAGAGGAAAGCUUGAGGGGCUUCAUUAAAAGUUCGACAGACGAUACUUCGCAGAUCGAGACUCAAAUACAAGAAGACUGGCAUCUGUUAGUGAGAGACAUAUAUUCGUUCUAUCCUCUUCUGAUCAAAUACGUAGACCUACAGCGAAAUCAUUGGUUGAGGCACAAUAUAGCGGAAGCGGAAGACUUGUACAAUCACGUGGCGGAGAUCUUCAACAUCUGGUCCAAGUCGCAGUACUUUUUACGUGAGGAACAAAACUUUAUAUCCGCCAACGAGAUCGACAACAUGGUAUUAAUCAUGCCUACUGCCACCAGGAGAACGGUUGUUCCUGACGGUAGUCAGCCUUCAGUAGGCAAAAAAAAGAAAAAGCAUCGUGACAAGAAGCGCGACAAGGAUAAAGAAAUUCAAGCGUCUCUGAUGGUCGCCUGUUUGAAACGUCUUCUCCCGGUGGGUCUCAAUCUAUUUGCCGGUCGGGAACAGGAGCUCGUCCAGCAUUGCAAGGACCGCUUCUUGAAGAAGAUGCCGGAAUAUGACAUUAUAGAUUUCGCCAAAACCGAACUGACCUUGCCCGAUAAAAUCGACCCUGCAGACGAAAUGUCUUGGCAGCACUACCUCUACAGCAAAUUGGGAAGCAAAAAGACGGUGACUGUGAACACGGUGGACAGUAACGGAAAGUUUCAGCUCGAGGAGACCGUAGAAAGGAUCGUCGCCAUGAGUAAAGUGUUGUUCGGACUCCACAUGAUCGAUCACCCCCAGCAGCAACAAAAAGGUGUAUAUAGAUGUAUGGUGUCGACACAGAGGAAGCGUGCGGUGUUGUCUUGCUUCCGCCAAGCUUCUUUGCACAGUCUGCCAAGACACCGGGCGAUAAACAUAUUUAUCCGUACCUACCGGGAUUUCUGGCUGCAAGAUGAGAAUGUCGGCCAAGAGGUAAUGAUUGAAGAUCUGACUCAGAGUUUUGAAGACUCAGAACUGAAGAAAAAGGAUGAGGUAGAAGAGGAAGGGAAGCCGGAUCCCCUAACCCAGUUAGUCACCACGUUUUGUAGGGGAGCCAUGACGGAACGAUCGGGCGCUCUCCAAGAGGAUCCCCUGUAUAUGAGUUAUGCCGAGAUCAUCGCCAAAUCGUGCGGAGAAGAAGAGGAGGAGGGUGAAGAUGGAGAUGAAGGAACUGAAGGUGAAGAGAGCGGUUCGUCUAUUCAUAGGACUAUGACAAUGACAAAAUUAAUGGAACAAGAAAUGGAGAAGCAGAAACUGAUCUUCAACCAAGCCCGUUUGGCCAACAGGGGUGUGGCCGAAAUGGUACUCCUCCACAUUUCCGCCUGCAAAGGUGUACCCUCGGAGAUGGUAAUGAAAACCCUCCAGCUUGGUAUUUCGAUUUUGAGGGGCGGCAACUUCGACAUACAGAUGGGAAUGUUGAACCACCUCAAAGAUAAAAAGGACGUAGGGUUCUUCACCAGUAUUGCUGGGUUGAUGAAUAGUUGCGGUGUCUUGGAUCUGGACGCGUUUGAAAGGAAUACCAAAGCGGAAGGCCUUGGUGUCGGCUCCGAAGGGGCGGCUGGGGAAAAGAAUAUGCACGAUGCUGAAUUUACCUGUGCGUUGUUUCGAUUUAUACAAUUGACUUGUGAAGGUCACAACUUGGAGUGGCAAAAUUAUCUACGUACUCAAGCGGGCAAUACAACCACAGUUAACGUAGUUAUCUGCACUGUUGAUUACCUGCUGCGUCUCCAGGAAUCCAUCAUGGAUUUCUACUGGCACUACUCCAGCAAGGAACUCAUAGAUCCUGCGGGCAAAGCGAACUUUUUCAAAGCGAUCGGAGUGGCUAGUCAGGUCUUUAACACACUUACCGAAGUGAUUCAGGGCCCUUGCGUUCCCAAUCAACAAGCGCUCGCUCACUCAAGGCUAUGGGACGCCGUCGGCGGUUUCUUGUUUCUGUUUUCUCACAUGCAGGACAAGUUGUCCAAGCAUUCUAGUCAAGUGGACCUGCUGAAAGAGCUGUUGAACCUUCAAAAGGACAUGAUUACGAUGAUGUUGUCAAUGCUCGAGGGAAACGUUGUCAACGGUACCAUCGGUAAACAGAUGGUGGACACUUUGGUGGAGAGCGCUUCCAAUGUGGAACUUAUCUUGAAGUAUUUCGAUAUGUUUCUGAAACUGAAGGAUCUCACCUCGUCCGCCAGCUUUCAAGAAAUCGAUAUUAACAACGACGGCUGGGUCUAUCCGAAAGACUUCAAAGAGAAAAUGGAGCAACAGAAGAGCUAUACCCCGGAAGAAAUCGAGUUCCUUUUGGCUUGCUGCGAAACAAACCACGACGGGAAACUGGAUUAUGUCGGCUUCAUCGAUCGGUUUCACGAACCGGCCAAGGAAAUCGGUUUCAACUUGGCCGUUCUGCUCACGAACUUAUCCGAACACAUGCCGAACGAGCCCAGAUUGGCGAGAUUCUUGGAAACAGCCGGUUCCGUUCUGAAUUACUUCGAACCGUUCCUAGGCCGUAUUGAAAUAUUGGGAGGCAACAAAAGAAUCGAAAGGGUGUACUUCGAAAUUAAGGAGUCGAACAUCGAGCAGUGGGAAAAGCCGCAAAUUAAAGAGUCCAAGAGGGCGUUCUUCUACUCGAUUGUCACGGAGGGCGGGGACAAGGAAAAACUAGAGGCGUUUAUUAAUUUUUGCGAGGACGCCAUUUUUGAAAUGCAGCACGCGAGCGGGCUGAUGGCUGUCGAAGAAUCCGGCGGCGGCGGUCCCACAAGGGCCACAACUUAUAGCUAUAUGACCGACGAAGAUGAACAGAGAGCUGGAAAGGAUCCCAUACGAAGAACCUAUCAAGCUAUCAAAGAUGGCAUCUACUUUGCUCUUUCGGCGUUGAGCCCUUCAAACAUUAAGCAUAGAAUCAGCGAAAUGCAGCAAAUGACUUUCCCCGAGAUAAUCAUUGCCUUCUUCAAAUUGAUUUUCUACGCGUUCUACUACUCCGGUUUCGGCGUAGCGGUCGUCAUUCAAUACAUCUUCGGCGUUCUUUUAACACUAAUGCGAGGUCCUGCCGUAGAAGAACCCGCGGUUGAAAUUAUAGAAGAGAAGGUAAGCCAUUUGAGGAUGCUGCCACCAUUGCCGUCGACGGAAGACCAAAACACCCAAAUACAAGCUUUCGGUCUCGACAUAACCAAGGAAGACAACGGGCAGUACAAAAUGGCGGCGCACGAAUCGCCAACGGGAAGCCAGCCGUCUUCGGGCGAAGGAGAGGGGGAAACCACCCCAGAAGAGGGCGCCGAGCAAACGGAAGCCGAAACUGCCGAACAACCGCUGUCGUUGUCAGAUCUUUUAGGUGGCGAACAAGCGAAACUGGCAGCGCAGGAAAAGGCCGAGGCUCAAGCGGCCCAGCAGGCCGCCAUGCAAGCCAUCGAAUCGGAAAGCAAGGCUAAAGCUGCGUCCACGGAGUCGUCCGCGAUGUCCCAGAUCAACUUUAGCGCGUACACCCACCGGGCCGUCUCGUUCCUGGCCAGAAACUUUUACAACCUCAAAUAUGUAGCGCUAGUUUUGGCAUUUUGCAUCAACUUCAUGCUGUUAUUCUACAAGGUGACGACCUUGGUGGAAGACAAAGACGGCAGUGGAAGCGGCAAAGGAGCGGAUAUAGUCGACGGCUCAGGAUCUGGCGGUAGCGGUUCAGGAAGCGGCGAGUCCGAGGAAGAAGAGGACCCGUUGGAGCUGGUACACGUGGACGAAGACUUUUACUAUAUGACGCACGUGAUGAGAUUGGCCGCCCUAUUGCACUCGAUGGUCUCGUUGGCGAUGCUAAUUGCUUACUACCAUCUGAAGGUACCUUUGGCUAUAUUCAAAAGGGAGAAGGAGAUCGCGAGACGACUGGAGUUUGAGGGGUUGUACAUCGCCGAGCAACCUGAAGAUGACGAUUUGAAAUCACAUUGGGACAAGCUCGUCAUAUCGGCAAAGUCAUUUCCGGUUAACUAUUGGGACAAGUUCGUCAAGAAGAAGGUGCGUCAGAAGUACAGCGAAACUUACGAUUUCGACUCGAUCAGCAACCUCCUCGGAAUGGAAAAGACGUCGUUUCAGCAACAGGAAACUGAUGAUGGCCACAAAAGUAUUUUCUAUUACAUUAUCAAUAUCGACUGGCGUUAUCAAAUAUGGAAAUCGGGCGUCACCAUCACAGACAACUCGUUCCUCUACUCGUUGUGGUACUUUACGUUUUCUAUUCUCGGCAACUUUAACAAUUUCUUCUUCGCCGCUCAUCUGCUGGAUGUCGCGGUAGGAUUCAAAACGUUACGCACGAUAUUGCAAUCGGUUACUCACAAUGGAAAGCAGCUGGUGUUGACUGUGAUGCUGCUCACGAUAAUCGUGUAUAUUUACACGGUGAUCGCGUUUAACUUCUUCAGGAAGUUUUAUAUACAGGAAGAGGACGAAGAAGUGGACCGAAAGUGUCACGACAUGCUGACGUGCUUCGUGUUUCACCUUUACAAAGGCGUGAGAGCCGGCGGCGGUAUCGGUGACGAAAUUGAACCACCAGACGGCGACGAUUACGAAGUAUACCGAAUCGUCUUCGACAUUACUUUCUUCUUCUUCGUUAUCGUCAUACUGCUCGCCAUUAUUCAGGGUUUGAUAAUCGACGCGUUCGGUGAACUUCGCGAUCAGCUCGAAAAGGUCAUUGAAGAUAUGGACUCCAACUGCUUUAUUUGCGGAUUGGACAAGGGGUAUCUGGAUAAGGUCCCCCACGGGUUCGACACCCACGUGCAACAGGAACAUAACCUCGCCAAUUAUAUGUUCUUCUUGAUGCACCUGAUCAAUAAGCCCGACACGGAGUAUACGGGUCAGGAGACUUACGUGUGGAACAUGUACCAGCAACGGUGUUGGGACUUCUUCCCGAUGGGCGACUGCUUCAGGAAGCAGUACGAAGAAGAACAGGGCGGCGGAGGCGGUUAGCGAAAUUAGAUCAAUUUAUGUAUAUACAUGUUUGAUGCUCAAAACAUCGUAAUAAGACGCGCGGCAGAAUUUCUCGAUAGUUUUUAAAUUUCGACGUACUUUGUAAAUAUACCCUCGCUCAUAUUGCUUGACACACAAGUACGGAUUUUCGACGUGUCCCACAUGCCUUACACUGACGCUAACGUUAGGUUAGCGUAUUGUAGGUGUUGGUUUUUUUCUCUUAAUAAACCUAUUCCCGAAAAUAUA